AUGAGAGGCCCUUAUGCUGUAUUCCUGCUUCUAUUUGGGCUCCUCCUAUCAAUCGCAACAACAAUUUGCUUCUCAUUGAAUUUGCAUAAUUCUGAGGUCAGAUGCAUAGAGGAAGAAAGACAAGCACUCCUCCAAUUCAAACAAGGCCUUCAAGAUGAUUACGGCAUGCUCUUUUCUUGGGUCAAUCAUGAAGAAGAUUGUUGCAAAUGGGAAGGAAUUGAAUGCAGCAACCGAACAGGUGAUCAUGUCGUCAAGCUUGUUCUGAGGAAUAAACUUUUAUCAGGUGAGAUAAGCUCUUCAUUACUUGGAUUGCAACAUUUGACUUACCUCGACUUAAGUCACAAUGAUUUCUCCAUCCUCCCAAAGUUCAUUGGUUCUCUCACUAAAUUGCAAUAUCUCAAUCUUUCCUUCAGUCGUAUUUCUGGAACCAUACCACCGCAGCUUGGAAAUCUCUCAAGCUUGAUUUCUCUUGAUCUCAGCUGGAACUUUUUUUCUGGAACCAUACCACCGCAGUUUGGAAAUCUCUCAAGCUUGAAUUCUCUUGAUCUCAGCUGGAACCUUUUUUCUGGAACCAUACCACCGCAGCUUGGAAAUCUCUCAAGCUUGAAUUCUCUUGAUCUCAGCUGUAACCUUUUUUCUGGAACCAUACCACCGCAGCUUGGAAAUCUCUCAAGCUUGAUUUCUCUUGAUCUCAGCCAUAACUCUUUUUCUGGAACCAUAACUCCGCAACUUGGAAAUCUCUCAAGCUUGAUUUAUCUUGACCUCUCUUUUAACCUUUUAGAAGAUUCUAUUCCAGAAAUGUUUGGGAACAUGGAAGCUCUUGUUCAUCUUGACCUCAGUUAUAACAUGUUAGAAGGUUCUAUUCUAGAAGCGUUUGGGAAUAUGGUAGGUCUUGUUCAACUUGACCUCUCUUCCAACAAACUUCAAGGGGCGAUACCGGAUCUCUCAAAAUUAUCCUUGUUGAGAGAGUUGUUUCUGUCCAACAAUCAGUUAAAUGAGAGUUUAGACAAUGUUCUAGGAAAACAUUCCAAGCUUCAGACGCUGGAUGUGUCUUUGAAUUCUUUCAAAGGUGUCAUUACUGAAACACAUUUGUCGAAUUUUUCUAGCCUACGAAUAUUGGACUUGUCUUUUAAUUCUGAUCUAUCUUUGAAGUUUAGUCCAGACUGGGUUCUACCAUUUUAUCUGGAUGUCAUACGAUUGGGCUCUUGCAAAUUGGGGCCAGCUUUUCCUCAGUGGCUUCAAACACAAAAAAACAUUUCAUGGCUUGAUAUAUCUAAUGCAAGAAUCUCAGAUACCAUUCCCACCUGGUUUUGGGACCUUCCUUCCAAUAUGAAGUUAUUAAAUAUCUCCCACAACCAGAUCACCGGUACCAUACCUCUUCAAUGGGUUUUGACAAGAUUUAUUGAUUAUUACGUAAUAGAUGUGAGUUAUAACCGCUUCAGUGGUCCACUGCCACAUCUUAAUUUCGAUGCAUCGUUUUUGAAUCUCUCCAAUAAUUUAUUCCAAGGAACUAUUACAUUCAUAUGUAAGACAAAUAGAUCAUUCUUGAACUACCUUAAUCUUUCGAAUAACUUGUUAUUUGGAGAGCUCCCCGAGUGUUGGGAAAAUAUGACGGCACUGAUAUCUCUUAAUUUAGCAAACAAUAAUCUAUCUGGAAGAAUUCCUAAAUCUUUUGGAAGAUUUUGUCCGAAAUAUAAUUCAUUCAAGUUUUUGCAUUUCCAGAACAACAGUUUCAUUGGAGAAUUGCCUGUGGCAUUGAUGAAUUGCUCUUCACUGAGAGUAAUAGAUUUUGGAGAAAACAAACUCUUUGGGAGGAUACCAACAUGGAUAGGCAAAAGCCUAGAAGAUUUGGUGGUUCUUCGCGUCCCAUCAAACAUGUUUGUUGGUAGCAUACCAUUAGAGUUAUGUCAACUAACAUCUCUUCAAAUCUUGGACCUCUCUAACAACAAUAUUUCAGGGACUGUACCUCGGUGCCUUAAAAACUUCACUGCCAUGGCUCAAAAAGAUUUCAAAAAUUAUGAUCUUCAAGUUUAUCCUCGGAUUGCAUCUUGA